CGUAUGUCCGACUCUCUUCUUCCUGCUGCCAUUUUUAUUUAUUUAUUUAUUAAUAAAUAAAAAAAUAAGAGAGGGAUUUUGACGUGCAGCAAACCAGCAAGCGCUCAUCCCCCGCGCAACCACAAUCUACCCGCGGGUCCACAUUACUCAUCCUUCCCAGAUCUACACGCUCCAAAACGCCAUCGUUUCGAUGGCCGUUCACUAAAACCCCGCCAGCCUCCGACUCCCCCCAAUUAGUUAUUUUUGCUAAUGGAGUCCGAACUCAAAGACCUCAAUUCCCAUCCUGCCAAGCCGGACCGCGACGACGGUCCGGCGCCCAAGGACGAUCGACCGCUCCUCAAAUCCGACACAAACUCCUCGGUCUCCGCCGAGGAGCUCCAGGAGCUUGAGAAGAAAUGCGCGGCGUACGUGCGACGCGAUGUGUACGGCACCAUGGGACGCGGCGGAUUGCCGGUGAAGGAGAAGGUGCUGCUAGGGCUCGCGCUGGUGACUCUGGUUCCGAUACGGGUGGUGCUGGCCACGACGGUGUUGGUGCUGUACUACUUGAUUUGCCGGAUUUGCACGCUCUUCAAAGUCCCCAAUCGCGAUGAGCAGGAGCAGGAGGAUUACGCGCACAUGGGCGGAUGGCGGGGGGCGGUGAUUGUCCAGUGCGGCCGCGCCUUAUCCAGAGUUAUGCUCGUCAUCUUCGGCUUCUAUUGGAUCAGCGAAACCUAUCGAAUAUCAUCGGAUUCCGACCCCAAACCCGCCGCCCAGGGAAAAGAUGGGGCCGCAGAGAAGGAGCCUGAAAGGCCAGGGGCGAUUAUAUCGAAUCACGUUUCGUAUUUGGAUAUCUUGUAUCACAUGUCUAAUUCGUUUCCGAGCUUCGUUGCCAAGAGAUCGGUGGCGAAACUUCCUCUAGUAGGCCUCAUCAGCAAGUGCCUGGGUUGUGUCUAUGUUCAGCGGGAGUCAAAGUCAUCAGACUUCAAGGGAGUUGCAGGUGCCGUGACUGAAAGAGUUAAAGAAGCACAUCAGAAUAAAUCUGCCCCACCAAUAAUGCUUUUCCCAGAGGGCACUACUACAAACGGAGACUUCCUUCUGCCAUUCAAGACGGGAGCAUUUCUGGCAAAAGCUCCAGUUCUUCCGGUGAUUCUUAGGUAUCCUUACCACAGAUUUAGUCCAGCAUGGGACUCGAUAUCUGGGGUGCGCCAUGUGAUAUUUCUCCUCUGUCAAUUUGUAAAUCACAUAGAGGUCACAAGGUUACCUGUUUAUUACCCCUCACAAGAAGAAAAGGAUGAUCCAAAACUCUAUGCUAGUAACGUCAGAAGAAUGAUGGCCAGUGAGGGCAACAUGACUCUAGCAGAUAUUGGACUUGCUGAGAAGCGGUAUCAUGCUGCUCUUAAUGGUAAUAAUAGCCAUCCUAGUGUUUUGCAUCAGAAAGAUGAUUGAUAAAUUUCAGGGCCUCGCUCCCAAAUGAUAUCUCGUCGCUGUUGAGUUUCCUAGUUUUCAUUCAUGAUUGCACAAGCCACAGUGAGGGGUGGUCGUCAUCAUUAUUGAUGUGCCAUGGUGUGCAAUUAUUAACUUGUAAUACCAUGCUUAAGGAAACUGUGGCCUUUAACGCUAAAGCAUCGUAAUAUUUGUAUUUUCACCAUGCUAAAAUGCAUUACAACCCCUAUCGAAGAAACUUUGCGCCUGUUGAUCUGAA